AUCAAUAUUCUAGAGAGAGAAAGUGCCAGAUGGGAAAAUGAAACGUUUUUUCUUGGCCACACACAAAGGUGACAUAACAAAACAAGCUUCAUUUCAAACAAAAAAAAACCUAGCUAGUAUCAGAUCUUAACUCUUUUGAAUUUUGCCGCCAAAAUCUAAUUUUGAGCUUCACCCAUUUUCUUAAUCGGUGUUAAUUUCACACCCGUGAACUCAAUUUCAUUGAUUAUUCGUAACAAAAAAAGUUUGUAAAAAAAAAGGGUUAGUAAUAUUUUUUUUUUUUUUUAAGAAAUGGAUGAUUUUGAACUUGGUUAAUAUUUUCUAGGGUUUGGAUAUGAAAUGCUUGACAUGGUUGUUGAUGUUUUACGAUGUUGGGGUUUGAGUAGAAGAUAGUUGUGUUUUUGUUGUUGAAGUGUUGUCAUAAGACAUUGCUGUGUCGUUUUGAGACUUUCAUUGUUGUGUUUGAUCUGAUUGUUGUGUUUUUGCAUUGUUUGAUGAUGGACAGAAAGUUGAUUUGUACAAGUUUUUGACUGCUGUUGACGGGAAAGGUGGGUUUGAUGCUGUUUGUGAUGGUGAGUUGUGGGAUUUAGUCGGGGAAGAAUGUGGCUUAGGCGUUAAUGUUGGUUCGACGCUGAAACUGGUUUUUAGUAAGUACAAGAGUGUUUUUGAGUCAUGUGUGAUGAAAGUUGGUGAUGCUAAGGUGUUUGAUGGGUCUGGUUUGAUGGGGUUUGAGGCUGACGUGAAUGAGUUUUUGUCGGGUCAGGGUGGGAAUGUGGUGGCUGGAGAGAAGGUUAAGGGUAAAGUUGAUGGUGCUAACAAGGUGAAGAGUGCGAAUUUUGAGUCUAGUGUGGAGAAAGAAGUUCACAGUGGGAAUGUGAUGGCUGGAGAGAAGGUUGAGGGUGGAGUUGAUGGUGCUAACGAGGUGAAGAGUGCGAAUUUUGAGUCUGGUGGGGUGAAAGAAGUUCACGAUGUAGGAUUUCUUGAUUCCGGAAUGAUGAACCGAGGGAUGGUCAGUGAUACCGAUGUUGGAAAGCUGAGUGAGGGUAAUGGUGAUGGAAUGGAAGUAGUUGAAGAUUUUGAUGGAGGGAAAAUAAUUGUAGGGACAACUGAGGAUGCAUCUAAUUUGGUGAAGAGCGAUGAGUCUGGAUUGCUGAAUGUUGGCGAGAAUCAUGAUGGUGAUAUCGGUGAUAAUAGUGUCCCGGUAUUGGAUUUGUCUGGUGGUGAUGGAACAGGUUCUAGUCAUAAGAGAAAGAGAGAGGAGGCUCUGUUUGAUAUGAUGAGUUGGGUUACAAAAACCGCGAGUAACCCUUGUGAUCCUGAAAUUGUUCCGAUCCCUGAAAAGCCGAAGUGGAGGGCUUACAGUAAUCAGGAGGCUUGGAAGCGGGUUUUGUUGUUUCGAGAGGCUGCAUUUUACAAGAAAAAGUCGAGCAUUGAACAACAAAAUUGGCAGAGUCAGAAGAUGCAUCCUAGCAUCUAUGAUGAUCCCACUCCGACAAUCUACAAUCUUAGGGAGAGGAGGAAACGUGACAAGAAACUAUUUGAAAAACAAAAACCAUCUUCACGAAGCUCGUUGAGUUCAUCUGUGCUAGACAAAGGAGAUUUGGACGGGACCACAAGUCGUCGUUAUGUGAAACGGUUGCUUGCAAGUAGACGAUCAAGUUUUAGUAGAUGGGCAUCAGCUCGCAUCUGUGUGGGGCAAAAGUAUCAAGCUCAAGUGCCAGAGUGGACUGGUCCGAAUCCUGAAAGUGAUACUAAGUGGUUUGGGACCCAAGUAUGGCCAUUGGCUGUAGCGAAUUCUCAAUUUCUUGUCGAAAGGGAUCCUAUAGGAAGGGGAAGACAGGAUUCGUGCGGCUGCGCAGUUCAAGGUUCUGUUGAGUGUGUCAGAUUCCACAUUUCUGAGAAAAAAGCUAAAGCUAAGCUGGAGUUAGGCGUUGCUUUUUACCAUUGGCGUUUCGAUAAGGUCGGUGAAGAUGUUCGGAAUUCGUGGACAGAUGAAGACGAGAAACGGUUCUGGGAAGUGCUACAGCUUUACCCUCCAAAGAGAGGAUCUGAACAUUUCUGGGAUCAUAUUUUUGAAACAUUUCCUAAUAAGAGCAGGGAAACUUUAGUUAGCUACUACUUCAAUGUGUAUCUCUUGCAGCGCAAAGCAUACCAUACCAGGCAUACACUUGGUAACAUUGACAUUCAGAGCGACGAUGACGAAUCAGAAUCUGAUAUGAAGAAGCUUUUUGGACGUCGGGGAUAGAUUGCAGAGUAGCCACAUGGAAAGGGAAAAUAGCAAUCCAACAUUUGUCAACACAGGAGGUUCGUUGAAAAUUUGAUAAAUUUGUGCUUCUUCACAUGCAAUUUUCAGUAUCAAUGAAUAUUGCUCUCUUUCUUUAGAAUAUACAUCAUAGAUUUUAAAGGGUAAAAAAUUGGAAUUUGAAAGGUUGGUUGGCUUGUUGUUUUGGUCAUGUCUGGAGAGUUGGUGUUUUGAACAGCUUAGGUGUUGGAGUUUUUAGUCUAGUAUGCUUCAGAUUUUGAGGCGUAACUUUUGUCUGUCUACAUUGAUAUAUAGUGGCCAUACAUUGCAUAUCAUAUUUUUAUUUUUUCAUCACUUGGUGACUGCAAAGAUUACUUGAAACAAAAGCCUUUUAGAAAUA